GUCUGUACCGCGCGACCCCGAGACUUGCCGAUCGUGCGGCCUCCGUUGCGGCUCGCCAGCGCAUUUGUGCCUGUUUGCACGCUCGUCUUCGUAAACACUCUCACUGUCCCUUUCCUACCGUACCCUCCUCCGUCGUCGAGGACACUGACCGCCAUGGCUUCCAGCAUUGCCCGCAGCAUUCUCACCAGGCGCCUGCACGUCUCUGCACGGCGAAAUGCCCUGUCAAAAUUCACUAUGCCUGCCAUGAGUCCGACGAUGACGGAGGGCGGUAUCGCGUCUUGGAAGAAGAAGGAGGGCGAGACCUUCUCCGCGGGCGAUGUCAUUUUGGAAAUCGAAACGGACAAGGCUACCAUCGACGUGGAGGCCCAGGAUGAGGGUGUGAUGGCAAAGAUCAUUGCCCAGGACGGUGCGAAGAACAUCCCGAUCGGAGCAACCAUUGCCAUCGUGGCUGAAGAGGGCGACGACCUUUCCGGUGCUGACAAGCUGGCUUCCGAGGCUGCGUCCGAAACGCCUGCUCCGAAGGAGGAGAAGGCUCCGGAGCCUCCCAAGCCCGAGCCAACUCCCAAGUCCUCCGAGCCUGCACCCAAGGCUGAGACAAAACCCGACAUCCCCAAGGGCGACCGUAUCUUUGCAUCACCCAUUGCGAAGAAGAUUGCCCUCGAGCGCGGAAUCCCUCUCGCAAAAGUCAAGGGCUCGGGCCCCGAGGGUCGUAUUAUCCGGGAGGAUGUCGAGAAGUACCAACCCUCUGCAACCGCCGGUGCUGCUGCACCGACGACGUCUUUCCCCUCGCCUACUGCCCCUCUGCCGGACUACGUCGACACGCCGAUCACCAACAUGCGCCGCACGAUUGGUACCCGUCUCACGCAGUCGAAGCAGGAGAUCCCGCACUACUACUUGACGCUUGACAUCAACAUGGACAAGGUCCUGAAGCUGCGGGAAGUCUUCAACAAGACGCUGGGUGAGAAGGAUAAGGCGGCUAAGCUGAGUGUGAACGACUUCGUGCUCAAGGGGGUCGCAUGUGCACUUGCCGACGUCCCGGAGGCCAACUCGGCAUGGAUGGGCGAGGUUAUCAGACAGUACAAGAAGGCUGACAUCUCGGUUGCUGUUGCUACUCCCACCGGCCUCAUUACUCCCAUCAUCAAGGAUGUCGGUGCGAAGGGCCUUGCCUCCAUCUCGUCAGAAGGCAAGACUCUGGCGAAGAAGGCGCGUGAUGGCAAGCUUCAGCCUCAGGAGUACCAGGGCGGUACCUUCACCGUCUCCAACCUGGGCAUGUUCGGCAUCAGCCACUUCACGGCUAUCAUCAACCCGCCACAAUCAUGUAUCCUUGCUGUCGGCGCAACGCAAGCGACGCUGGUGCCCGCACCAGAGGAGGAGCGCGGGUUCAAGGUGGCGAACAUCAUGAAGGUCACGCUCAGCGCGGACCACCGGACUGUUGACGGCGCUGUCGGUGCACGGUGGUUGUCCGCAUUCAAGGGUUACCUCGAGAACCCGCUGACGUUCAUGCUCUGAGGAAGGCGUGAAUUGGAUAAAACACUUGUCGUGACGACGUCCCCAUAGACUGCUAUCGCUACUACGCUUAGUGCCGGUAUAUAAUGUUUCUCUGAUUCCUGGCCAACCAGUGGGGUUAUAUUGGGCUAUUCUACUGUUGCUAUGGCCAUGCUAUGAUCAUUUUAUGAGGUGUUGGCCUGGGGAGGACGAAGAACGCAUUGACUCCGGGUUGGCGCGGGGUCGUGA